AUGAACUUGAAUUCAUCGCAUGUCAGCCACCACAGUUUCAUUCUGACAGGUAUCCCAGAGAUGCCAGACAAGAACCCUCAGAUGGCUUUUCCUUUGGGAUUUCUUUAUGUACUAACACUCCUGGGAAAUGGUACCAUCCUAGCUGUCAUCAAGGUGGAUCAGAGUCUCCAUGAGCCUAUGUACUACUUCCUCUGUAUCUUGGCCAUCACUGACAUUAGUCUCUCCAUGUCCACCUUGCCCUCCAUGCUCAGCAUCUUCUGGUUCAAUGCCCCUGAGAUUUCCUUUGACACAUGCAUCACACAGAUGUUCUUCAUCCACGUAUUUGGAAUAGCAGAAUCAGGAGUCCUAGUGUCCAUGGCCUUUGACAGAUUUGUGGCCAUUCGAGACCCACUACACUAUGCUUCCAUCCUCACCCAUGGCAUUAUUGGAAAGAUUGGAAUAGCUGCCCUCAUCCGGGCAAUCUGUGUGGUCUUCCCUGUGCCCUUCCUUAUAAAGCGGCUACCCUUCUGCCAUUCCAAUGUCUUGUCUCAUUCAUACUGUCUUCAUCAAGACAUAAUGAGGCUAGCCUGUGCCAGCACUCGCGUCAAUAGCCUGUAUGGCCUCAUCGUAGUCAUCCUCACACUGGGGCUCGAUGUCCUCAUCAUUCUCUUGUCUUACGUACUCAUCCUGAAGACUGUGCUGGGCAUUGCCUCCAAUGUGGAAAAGCUCAAAGCCCUCAACACCUGCCUUUCUCAUGUUUGUGCUAUUCUCCUCUUCUAUGUCCCUUUUAUUGGUGCCUCCAUGAUCCACAGAUUUGGGAAGCAUUUAUCACCAGUAGUGCACACACUCAUGGCCAAUAUCUACCUGCUACUCCCGCCUGUGCUAAACCCCAUUGUCUAUAGUGUGAAAACCAAACAGAUAAGAAGACGGAUCAUCCACAUUUUCCAGAGAAAGAACAGGGCCUAG